AUGGAAAUCAACAAUGUAAUUCAUCUAAUCAAAGCUUAUAGAGAAGCCAUUGAUGAAGGGCAGAUACAGCUUUCCGAAGUGAUCGUGAAGCGUAUAAGCGAGAAAGUGAGUCCGGUUGGGGGAGUCAUGGAUCGGUUUUUGUAUUACUUGUUCCAAUCCUUCGACAAGCAAGCUGAUUACCUUAGGCAAGAGUCAAACAAUAACUUCCUUGCAGCUUUCAUGACAUUCUACCAAAUAUUCCCAGAUGGGAAGUUUGCUCAUUUCGCAGCCAACCGAGCAAUCCUCCAAGCCAUGCCUCAUGAUGUGGAGCUCAUACACAUCAUUGAGUUUGACAUGGGGGAAGGGAUUCAAUGGCCUUCAAUGAUCGAAGCCAUUGGAUGGCAACAAAGGAAGGAGAUCAGACUUAGACUAACAUCAGGAAAAUGGAGCGAGGGAGAUUCUGACUGUUCCCCCUCACCCUGGAGGUUCACAGAGACAAGGAGAUGGUUGUGUGAUCAUGCCCAAGCUUUUUGCGUAAAGUUGACUGUGGAUACCAUGGAACUUCAUGAUUUGGUUAAUGAGAUGAAGACAAUGAAGAGAAAUGGAAGGAGAAGAGAGUGGUUGGUUUUUAAUUGCAUGCUAAGGCUUCCCCACAUGGGCAGGGUGAGAAGUAGGAGAGAUCUAUCAAAAUUUUUAAGGGUGGCUAAGGAAUUGCUAGCUUACGUUACAAAUCGUAAUUUUGAUAGAAAAUCUUUUAGUACGCAGAAUCCGAUUAUAGAAUUAGAUGUGGGUUCCAUUUCAUGUGAAAAUAUUGUGUUCAGUUUUAUGAUCAGAUCUUGUGCACGUAGAAGAACUGAUUUUGAUAACAUGGGUAUUAUAGCUUUUGGUGAUGGAGAUGUUUGGGUGAAUCCAAAAAUUUCCUCUAGUUUUGGUUCAUUCUUGGAUGGGCAUUUGGUACAUUACAAGCUUUAUUAG